CUCUUGCUUUUCCUCAUGGCAAUUCAGGCAGAUAUUCCACCUGAUCUUACCAACAGAGAUAAAGCUCUCAUGUUUCAAUUGCUCAAUGCUUACCUGAACUCCCAAAUUCUCCUCAUGUCAUUGCAUGGCAUAUACACCAGAAUUCUUGCUGUUACAUUGUGGAAUAUAUUCAUCAACAAAUGCUGGCUGAUACAACGAGCCUUGGUUGUCAUCAUUAUUCUCCUUCAUGUCCUGAGUACUAUUGGUGUUGCUACCAAUUGGUCAUUUCUAUGCUCUGCAUUCAUUGAAAAUGGGCAAAGUUUUUGGACCAUAUCCUUAAAGCUUACCAAUGCGAACCAAGCAGCCUAUUGGGAGGGGGGUAUUCCAUCCUUAAUGAGUACCAUUCUUGCAGACUUAUAUAUCAUGUGGUGCUGCUGGAUGGUCUGGGGACAGUGCUGGCUUGUUGUUCUACUUCCAAUCCUUUCCCUAAUUUCUGCAACUGUGUUGAAAAUCAUGGAAAUAUACCUUGAGUACACCCAGACCGAUGCAUCAUACGAAGUAUUCCUGAUACUCUACAUAUCCUUCACCCUGGCAAUGACAUUAUGGUGCACACUGCUCAUCAUUUUCUGCAUUUUGACUGUUAUUGGGGUUAGACACAGAGCAGCUCUGGUUCUAUAUCUGGCUUUCUUCAUUCACAGUGAUUUUGGAUUUUAUUACCUUGAUUCCAUAGCUGCCAUUGUGAGGGGAGUUGCACCCAUGCUCCUUGUUGGCAAAGCAGUGGCAGGACACACACACCCAACUGAAGAACAUGAUGAAAGUGCAACAGUGUCGACCCUUCAUUUCCAAAUGGCUUUCCAAUCCUCUCAACCUUUGCAACCUUCCACUUCAAGCUUUCAGGAAUCCACUGUGCAGAGUGCAGUCCUUGAAGUGGACAUUGAAGCUCAACGGGAGCGGUCAGAUGAGCUCAUGGUAGUGGUUGAAAGGACACAAUAAAGCUCAUGGUGAGUGUCUGAGAGUCGGGUUGAGACUGGAGACUAAAUUUUGACUGUAAUUUUUUGUCAUCCUAUCCUUUUUUACUAUCAUAGUACUCCCUACUUCAAGUUUAUUUCUCGAUCAACUAUAAAGUAUUUGAAUCUCCGUAAUCUCUACCUCCCUUUGGAUCUUUAUGUAUGAGCUUGUAGGACAGUCCUAAGGAGCGAUAUUAUUCCUACGCAUUCAUAAGUGCAGAAACUCCAGAGAACGUACCCAUACUCUAGGCCGCAUUGUGUUCUCCAUCGUCGCCUGGUUCAGACUUAUUCU